AUGUCAGCCAACUUGGAUUCUAUGGUUUAUCCGCUGUUAUUUCCAAGAGGUGAUGCUGGUUGGCAUAAUCAAUUGGUGCAUAACCCUGAGCGUGCCACACUGCAGUAUGCUGUAGAUGCAUAUGUAAAAAUUGAAGGCCAGCGUCUUGCUUUUAUCAGAAAUAAUCAAAAUAAGCUGAGAAGCGAGCAGUACGAUGCCUUACAUGAACAUAUUAACAACAUUGCCAAUGAUCGCAAAGUUGUAACGCAUGUUCAGGUUAUUGAGUUUCAAAAGCGUGGUUUGCCGCAUGCCCACAUUUUACUUCAUUUAGCAAAUGAUGAUAAACUUGAAACAUCACAGGAUAUCGAUAAUUUGAUUUGUGCAGAAAUUCCAGAUCCGAUAGUUAAUUGUGAACUUUAUGAUAUUAUCAAAACUUGCAUGAUUCACGGCCCAUGUGGGAUACUGAAUCCAAAUUCUCCCUGCAUGAAAGAUGGGGUGUGCAGCAAAAAAUAUCCUAAAGAUUUUAAUGCCAACACAGUACCUGUUCACAAUGGUUAUCCGCGCUAUAGGCGUCGUGAUAAUGGGUUGGUUAUCAAUAUUAAAGGCAAUAAUGUAGAUAACCGUUGGGUGGUUAAUCACGAUGAAAUAAACACUUUCUUAGAUUGUCGUUAUGUUAGUGCACCUGAGGCGCUGUGGCGAAUAUUUGAGUAUCCCAUAAGUCAUAUGUCACACUCUAUUAUCCGUCUUAAGGUUCAUCUUCCUGAGAAUCAGAUUGUGUAUUUUAGAGAAGGAGAAGAACAAGUGGCGUUAGAUCGUGCUGCUCAACGUGAUAAACACCUUACGGCCUGGUUUAAAUUGAAUUCUGAAAAUGAAGGAGCCAAUCGCAAUUCAUAUGUUGACAUUCCAUAUCACUUUGUAUUUGAUGAUAAACAUUGUAAAUGGAAGGUUAGACAAAGAGGUGGAAAUAAGGUGAUAGUAAGAAUGUAUAAAGUUAGUCCAACAGGAGAAUUAUUUUUUCUUAGAUUGUUACUUUUACAAGCAAAAGGAGCAAAAUCUUGGGAGGAUUUGCGUACUGUUAAUGGAAUAGUUCUUGAAACCUUUCGUGAAGCGUGUGUUUUUAAUGGUUUGUUGCAAGAUGACACUGAAUGGCAGAACACUCUUUCUGAGGCAGUUUUAACGCGAAUGCCUAAGCAAAUCAGGCAGCUGUUUUCAAUUAUUUUAACCUUUUGUGAACCUGAUGACCCUUUGCAUCUUUGGAAUUCGUACAAAGCCUUUAUGAUGGAGGAUUUUAUUCAUCGCCAAGUUCCAUUUAUAUUAGCUGAACAAGCUACUCUUCUUCAAAUUGAAAAGAUUAUUAAUCAAAGUGGUAAAACGCUAUCUGAUUAUAAUUUGCCUGUUGUUGAUGAAUUCAUAGAUUUUAAUCUAGAAAAUUUAAAUGAUAAUGUUCAGCAAUCAAUUGACGAAGCUAAUCGAAUGAGACCGCUUCUUAAUGUCAAUCAAUUAAAUGUAAGUAAUGCUGUCCUUGCUGCAUUGAACGAGCAACCAUGUGUAGAAAAUCAACAUUCCAGAUUAUUUUUUAUGGAUGGACCAGCCGGUAGUGGCAAAACUUUUACAUAUAAUUAUUUGAUUGCUGAAAUGAGCAGUAGGGGUGUUAAAUCUGCUACAGCUGCAUGGACUGGCAUAGCAGCAACUCUUCUUACAAAUGGAUCUACGCUGCACGGGUUAUUUAAACUUCCUGUCCCAAUACUGGAUAACAGCACAUGUAAUGUGACUCCUAACUCUAUUCAGGGACAAUUUUUAAGGCAAGUUAGUUUGUUUAUGUUUGACGAGACAUCCAUGAUUCCCAAACACGCUUUAAAUGCAAUCGAUCGGUUGUUAAAAGAUGUUUGCAACAACAACUUUCCAUUUGGAGGAAAAGUCAUUCUUUUUGGUGGUGACUUUAGGCAAAUUUUGCCUGUUGUGAAAAGAGGGAGACCAGCUGAAGUUGUAGAAUCAUGUAUAAAAUGUUCUUUACAGUGGCAAUGGGUGCAGAAGUUUACAUUAACUGAAAAUAUGAGAGUACGUGAUGGAGAACGAGAUUUUUCCGAAUGGCUGUUAAAACUUGGUAGUGGAACAAUACCUGGCAAGGAGGAAGAUCCUUUUAAGGGAUGUAUUGAAAUACCGCAACAGUGCAUUAUUAUAGAAAACGAAUCAAUUGUUGAAAAAAUAUUUGGAGAUGCUCAACAAGAUGAUUAUGCUAAACGUGUCAUUUUAACACCCACCAAUGUGGAUUCAUUGUCAAUUAAUGAAGAAGUGCUUGAACGUCUACAUGGAGAGGUCAAAACUUAUUUAAGUGCUGAUCAAAUAGACACUGACGAUCUUAAUGAAAGAAAUAAUUUCCCUGUUGAGUUUUUGAACAGCCUAACUCCUUCAGGUAUGCCUACUCAUUGUUUAAAAUUGAAAAUUGGUUGUGUAAUUAUGCUACUUAGAAAUUUAGAUCUUAAAGCUGGGCUAUGUAAUGGAACCCGAAUGAAAGUUUGUGCUCUCCAAAACAAUUAUAUUGAUGCAGAGGUUUUGACAGGUGUUUCUGAAGGUAAACGGGUAUUUGUUCCUCGAAUUCAGUUGGCUCCAUCAGAUUCUAAUUUACCUUUUGUUCUAAAACGUCGUCAGUUUCCUGUCAGAUUAGCUUAUUCGAUGACAAUCAAUAAAAGUCAAGGUCAAACAUUUGAUAGAGUUGGGUAUUGUUAA